UUGUUUCUCACCCGGGGCGUCUCUUCGUUGGCCUGCAAUUUCCAGAAAGCUGAGAGGCAGUUUGAGGAUCGCGGCCAGGAUGGCUCUGCGCUCUGCUCCCCUUUUGCUCCUGGUGUUGGUGACGGUCGCCCUGCGGGAGAGCUGCUUCGGUGCUUCCUCCCACUCCAUGAAGUAUUUCUACACCGCCAUCAAGGACCCCGGUCAGGGGCAGCCCCACUUUGUCGCUGUGGGGUACGUGGAUGGUCAGGUCUUUGUUCGUUAUGACAGCAAAACCCAGAGGAUGCAGUCUCAAGUCUCCUGGAUGGAGAAGGUGGGGAAGGAGGAUCCCCAAUACUGGGACACUCAGACCAAGAUAGUACGUAACACUGAGGAGUCGUUCAGAAGAAGCCUGGAGACUCUGAGGAAUCGCUACAAUCAGAGUGAAGGCCUUCACACACUGCAAUGGAUGUACGGCUGUGAAGUCUGCGCAGACGGGACCAAAGGAGGGUUUAUGCAGUUUGGCUACGAAGGGAGGACCUUCCUCACCUUCGACCCGGAGACCCUCACCUGGGUGGCUCCCGACCCUCAGGCCCAGAUCACCCAGAGGAAAUGGGAUGCUCUUCCAGGAAAGAACCAGAGAAACAAGGCCUACCUGGAGGAGGAAUGCACUGAGUGGCUGGAGAAGUAUCUGUCCUAUGGGAAUAAGACACUGCAGAGGACAGAGACCCCAAAGGUGACGGUGAGAAGGACGGAGGUGGAGGAUGGGAUGGAAAUGCAUGUCUACCGCUUGGAUGGCUUCUACCCCAAGGAGAUCGAUGCCUCCUGGACGAGGGACGGGGAGGUCUGGCUGCAGGACACCCUCCGUGGGUUUCUGGCCCCCAAUGCUGAUGGGACCUACCACUACUGGAUCAGUGUCAAGAUCGAUCCCAAAGAGAGAGACCGUUAUCACUGCCACGUGGAGCAUGACAGUCUGCGAGAGCCUCUGGACUUGGAACUGAAGGAACCAACCAAUUCAAAAUCCAACCCGUGGCUCAUCUUCGGCUACGUUGUGACUCCUCUUGUAAUGAUUGUUGGGAUUUUGGCUUUUAUUUACUUUUGCAAGACAUAUCAAAAUGGCCUCAAAGCAGCACCAAUAAGUGACAAAGGAUCCUGCAGUUCAGACCAGGCUUUAAUUCCAACAAGUGACACAGAAUCCAACAGUUCAGACCAGGGGAGCAUCCAGACCGUUAGCAGCCUCCUUGCAGGGGACACGCCCAGCAUAAAGAUAGAGGAAUGAGGAGGGAUCAGCCUUCGUCUGAAUUAGGCCGGACUCUUAGCAGGAGCCCUUCAAGCCCUUCCUGCAUGCUGGAACCAGGAGAGAUUUUGGGCCUUUCAUCAUUUCUUUUAUCAUUGAAUCAGUAACCUUUUUCUUUUAUGAUGAUUGAGGAUCACAGGAGAAAAGAAUAUAUUAUGUGUUACCAAUUGUGGAAUCAAAAGAAUUCAAAUUGGGUUUUGUAGAUCAUAGUUUCUAAUAGGUAGGUUGCCUAACAGCCUUAAUGGGCUUUUGCUGAUUAGUCUGAGUGGAUGGAGAUUAGAGGUUAAAGAUGAGAUUUUAGAGAUGGGUUUAUAGAGAAUGGAAAAUGAGGAAUAGGAUGAAGAGUUCGUUGGUUUUACUUUAAGAAAGAUUGAUAAAUUGUUAAUUUUCAUUAUGCUUAUUGCAGAUAAAGGUAGAGGUUACUUUUUCUUUUUUUUUUUCCUUGUGUUGGCUUUAUCUGUUUAACAAUAAUCUUCAAUGAAACUAUUACUAAAAGAAGAAGUGUGCCUUCUGAUUUUUUUUUCAUUAAAAUAUUUUAUUCACUUUUAA